AUGGUUGCUGAACAGAGACUGAUAACUUAUGCUCAAAGGGAAGCCUUUCCGGAGGAGCAUGAAGCAUUAGCAAAAAAUAAGGACAUUCCUGGUCGAAGCAAGUUAAGGUCAUUGAACAUCGGUCUAAGGUAUGGCAUGAUAGUAGUAGGUGGUCGUCUUGAUAAUGCCAAUCUUUCACAAGACCAAAGACAACCAAUAAAUCUUCCAUACAAUCACAGAAUUACACAGUUGAUAUUCUUAGAUUAUCACAUGAAAUUAUUGCAUUGUGGUCCUUAG